AUGGAUCAAACGUCUGUCUCACCUAUCGCCAUGUUCCUUUUAGCUGGUCAGAGCAAUAUGUCUGGUCGCGGUGAGAUUGUUGGAGACUCCGUGUACGACUCCCGAAUCCUCAAGAUUGCUGGUGGAACUUGGAGUGUAGCAAGACACCCUUUGCAUGCCGACAAACCUGAAAAAGCUGGAGUCGGACCUGGCAUGUCCUUUGCCAGAUCAAUUGUGGAUUUCGUGCCUGCGCCCGUUGGUUUGGUGCCAUGCGCCUUCGGAGGGAGUGAAAUUCAACGUUGGAUUGCAGGUGGUGACUUGCUUCAGGCAGCCAAGGAGACGGUGGCACAAGGACAAGCAGCUGGUGGUGUUCUGAAAGGUAUCCUUUGGCAUCAAGGAGAAUCAGACUGUGGAAGUGAAGAGAUGGCAAGUCUCUACAUUGAUCGCUUGCAGCAACUAUCAGAAGACUUGCGUUCCGCCUUCGGCCACGUUCCCUUGAUCCUUGGAGAGCUUGGGAUGGAAUUCUUGGACUUGGAAGAUCCACGAUUUUCGUUCGCAGAGACUGUAAAUGCAUCCAUUGUGAAGUUUGGAAGCAGUGGUGAGCACAUCGGUGUAGUGAGUGCCAGAGGGCUUCAGCACAAGGGGGAUCGCUUGCACUUCUCAAGUACCGCUGCUGACGAACUGGGGAAGCGCUAUGCCUGGAAAUGGCUCGAAAUGACAGGAGGAUUGAACCUUUCGCUGCGAACGAUUGUGGGGAGCAGCCUAUCACCUCCUUUCAUUUUGACAUCACUCGGCAGCCAUCAUCCAGAGGCUGGGGAGCCCAAAGACGCUUCUGUUCUAGACCAGGAUGGUGCAAGGUACCAGCAGUCUCCCUGA